AGCUCAGAACCUGGCCUCAGAGGUCUUUUAGUUCUAGAUCUUGGGUGAACAAUUGACUAGGCUAUUAGCCACCCAUGAGCUGAGGGUUGUAGCUCUGGCUGGGAAAUAGUCCAGCUUUUGCUUCCCCUCUCCCACUUUCUUAUUGUUACCUGCAGUCCAAUCCUUUCUUUGCCCCUCCCAAUCCAUAACUUUAGAAUUUAGAGACAUAAGUUGUUUGGAUCCACUGUGGUCAGGAUAUUUACAGUGCUAGGGAUGUUUAGCCAAUGAAUUGUUCGUGAGUUCCUGCUUUAGACUGGUCUAGGCACUGAUCUAGGCCUUAGGGAUACAUGACUGUACACCAUGGUACUGACAUUCUAGGUUUCUGCCCUCCUCAGGCUUAACGUUUUGUUCUAGAGUAGAUGCAAAUAUAUAGCAGAUGUCUGGAAAGGUGCUGAAAUGCAACACUAACACAGAGAGUCCUGAACCUCCCUUUUGGUGGUUCAAAGCUGCCAGGUGAACAUGCUUGAAGCUAUUGGUUAUGCGAUUUGGAGAUUCUGUAGGCUUCCAUGAUUGCAGUUAUGAUUAUUAGCGGUAACUCAGAGGUAGCUGCAUUGAAGACUUAGAUAUGGCAUUGGAAAACUGUUCUGCAGAGCUUCUGCCAGUCAGAGAGUGGUGUGAGGGACCUGGUGAGUAUUGGCAGCUGUGAUCUCCUUAGGUAGCCAUAGAGACUAGUGCCAGGUAACCAUAUGCACCAGUCCAUUAAUUCCAUCUCCUCUAGCUACUUCAUGAACUCUGUAGCUUCAUUGUACAGAUGGGUACAUGGAGCCGUGUUUCUGCAGAUUGGAACUGCUCUGCAGAAAGGAGCCCUGUCUGUGUAGAAUCCAGGUAUCCCUGAUCUUUGAGUCAAUUUUAAAUGAUGCUUUCUUUUUGUGUUUGUAGAUCAAGAGUUCUCACACUUCAGUGUGGAAAAUAUGUUUAAAUACCAAUUGCUGGGCUGUACUCCCAAAGUUUCUGAUUCAGUGGGUCCAGUAAUUUGCAUUUCUAACCAUUUCCCAGGUGAUGUUGAUGCUCUUGGCUCCAGAACCACACUUUGAGAACCACUGUGGUGAAACAAAGGAAGGCCCCGGGAUGGCACUCUCCGUGACGGGGCUCCUGGUCUCCUCCUUCCUGCAUACCGCCCUCUCCCUGAAUCCUGAGGACCCCAACGUGUGCAGCCACUGGGAGAGUUAUGCCGUGACUGUCCAGGAAUCUUACGCUCACCCCUUCGACCAGAUCUACUACACACGAUGCACGGACAUCCUCAACUGGUUCAAGUGCACAAGACACCGGAUCAGUUAUAAGACGGCAUAUCGGCGCGGCCUCCGGACCAUGUACCGGCGGAGGUCCCAGUGCUGCCCUGGCUACUACGAGAAUGGAGACUUCUGCAUACCCCUGUGUACGGAGGAGUGUGUGCAUGGCCGCUGCAUUUCCCCGGACACCUGCCACUGUGAGCCCGGCUGGGGAGGGCCCGACUGCUCCAGCGGCUGUGACAGCGACCACUGGGGCCCCCAUUGCAGCAACCGGUGCCAAUGCCAGAACGGUGCCCUGUGCAACCCCAUCACUGGUGCCUGUGUGUGUGCCGCCGGCUUCCGCGGCUGGCGCUGCGAGGAGCUCUGUACCCCUGGCACCCACGGCAAGGGCUGCCAGCUGCCGUGCCAGUGCCACCAUGGUGCCAGUUGUGACCCCCGCACCGGCGAGUGCCUCUGCGCGCCCGGCUACACUGGCGUCUACUGUGAGGAGCUGUGCCCACCCGGGAGCCACGGGGCUCACUGUGAGCUGCGCUGCCCCUGCCAGAAUGGGGGAACCUGCCACCACAUCACCGGCGAGUGUGCCUGCCCCCCAGGCUGGACGGGAGCAGUGUGUGCCCAGCCCUGUCCACCAGGGACAUUCGGCCAGAACUGCAGCCAGGACUGUCCUUGCCACCAUGGAGGGCAGUGUGAUCACGUGACUGGGCAGUGCCACUGCACAGCUGGCUACAUGGGGGACAGGUGUCAAGAGGAAUGCCCCUUUGGGACCUUCGGCUUCCAGUGCUCACAACGCUGUGACUGCCACAAUGGGGGCCAGUGCUCACCCACCACCGGCGCCUGCGAGUGUGAGCCUGGCUACAAGGGCCCCAGCUGCCAGGAACGACUGUGCCCUGAGGGCCUGCACGGCCCAGGCUGCUCCUCACCCUGCCCUUGUGACCCCGACAACACCAUCAGCUGCCACCCGGUAACUGGAGCCUGCACCUGCCAGCCAGGCUGGUCUGGCCCCCACUGCAACGAGUCCUGCCCUGCUGGCUACUAUGGUGAGGGCUGCCAACUGCCUUGCACCUGUCAGAAUGGCGGCGACUGCCACAGCAUCACGGGGGGCUGCACCUGUGCCCCCGGCUUCAUGGGAGAGGUCUGCGCAUCUCCUUGUGCCACAGGCACCUACGGCCCCAACUGCUCGUCCGUCUGCAGCUGUAACAACGGUGGCACCUGCUCCCCAGUGGACGGCUCCUGCACCUGCAAGGAGGGGUGGCAGGGCCUCGAUUGUGCCCUGCCGUGUCCCAGCGGGACGUGGGGCCUGAACUGCAACGAGACCUGCGCUUGUGCCAAUGGGGCGGCCUGCAGCCCCGCCGAUGGCUCCUGCUCCUGCACCCCCGGCUGGCUGGGAGAAACCUGCGAACUGCCCUGCCUGGAUGGAACAUUUGGUCUGAACUGCAGUGAGCGCUGUGACUGCAGCCACGCCGAUGGCUGUGAUCCCGUCACAGGCCACUGCUGCUGCCUGGCGGGCUGGACAGGCAUCCGCUGUGACAGCACAUGUCCGCCGGGUCGCUGGGGCCCCAACUGCUCCGUCUCCUGCAGCUGUGAGAAUGGCGGUUCCUGCUCCCCCGAGGAUGGGAGCUGCGAGUGUGCCCCUGGCUUCCGAGGACCCUUAUGCCAGAGAAUCUGCUCCCCGGGGUUCUAUGGCCACGGCUGCACCCAGCCGUGCCCCCUCUGCGUGCACAGCAGCGGGCCCUGCCACCACGUCAGUGGCAUCUGUGAGUGCCUCCCCGGAUUCUCCGGAGCCCUCUGCAACCAAGUGUGUGCUGGAGGGCACUUUGGGCAGGACUGUGCCCAGCUCUGCUCCUGUACCAACAACGGGACCUGCAGCCCCAUCGAUGGCUCCUGCCAGUGCUUUCCCGGAUGGAUCGGCAAGGACUGCUCACAGGCUUGCCCACCUGGGUUCUGGGGCCCCGCCUGCUUCCACACAUGCAGCUGCCACAACGGGGCUCGCUGCAGCGCUGAGGAUGGGGCCUGCCACUGCACCCCAGGCUGGACUGGACUCUUCUGCACGCAGCGCUGUCCAGCAGCCUUCUAUGGGCAGGACUGUGGGCGCGUGUGCCAGUGUCAGAAUGGCGCCAGCUGUGACCACAUCAGUGGCAAGUGCACCUGUCGCACAGGCUUCACGGGGCGACACUGUGAGCAGAGAUGUGCCCCAGGAACCUUUGGCUAUGGGUGUCAGCAGCUCUGUGAAUGCAUGAACAAUGCCACCUGUGACCACGUCACUGGCACCUGUUACUGCAGCACGGGAUUCAAAGGAAUCAGGUGUGACCAAGCUGCCCUCAUGAUGGAGGAGCUGAAUCCCUACACCAAGAUCAGCCCAGCGCUGGGUGCAGAACGGCACUCGGUGGGUGCUGUCACAGGCAUCGUCCUCCUGUUGUUCCUCAUUGUGGUGCUGCUGGGCCUGUUCGCCUGGCGCCGGCGGCGGCAGAAAGGCAAGGGCCGCGACCUGGCUCCCCGUGCCUCCUACACGCCUGCGAUGAGGAUGACCAGCACUGACUACUCCCUCUCAGAUUUGUCUCAAAGUAGCAGCCAUGCCCAGUGCUUUUCCAAUUCCAGCUACCACGCACUGGCGUGCGGGGGGCCUGCCACCAGCCAGGUCAGCACUCUGGACAGGAACAGCCCCACCAAGCUCAGUAACAAGUCCCUUGACAGAGACACCACAGGCUGGACCCCCUACAGCUAUGUGAACGUGUUAGACUCCCAUUUCCAGAUCAGUGCCCUGGAGGCCAGGUACCCGCCCGAGGACUUCUACAUUGAACUUAGACACCUCAGCAGCCCCGCUGAGCCACAUUCACCAGGUACUUGUGGAAUGGAUAGACGUCAGAACACAUACAUUAUGGACAAAGGCUUCAAAGAUUACAUGAAAGAAUCCGCGUGCAGUUCUAGCACUUGUUCCUUGAAUAGCAGUGAAAACCCUUAUGCCACAAUUAAGGACCCUCCCAUCCUCACCUGCAAGCUUCCAGAAAGCAGCUAUGUAGAAAUGAAGUCGCCUGUGCACAGGGGGUCUCCGUACACAGAUGUGCCAUCCUUGUCGACAUCUAAUAAAAAUAUAUAUGAAGUUGAGCCCACAGUCAGCGUGGUCCAAGAAGGCCGCGGCCAUAACUCCAGCUAUAUUCAGAAUGCAUACGACCUACCUAGGAACAGCCAUAUUCCUGGUCACUAUGACCUCCUCCCAGUAAGACAAAGCUCUGCCAAUGGCCCCUCCAGGACAAGCAGUCUUAGCAAGAUAAGCUUCUCUCUUACAAUGUGCUCCGCUGAAUAUUCUCUGACUCUCUUUAAGAAGACAAUCUCUUGACUUGAAAUCUUGGUACAGACUGACUACAACUGCAUGUUAGUUAUGAUGUUCACCUGGAACUAAAGAAGCGCUUCCAAGUGGGACUGGGGUAAUUGUUCAAGAAGUCUGUUCACAAAGGCAAAUCCUGCCAUCAACACCCCCAAUGCCCCAAAUGCCCUGGAUUACGAUUUUUUAAAAUAUUUAAGAUACAGCUACUCAUCAAACAUCAGCUAA